AUGAGAGUUAUUGUAUUGAAUAUACGCAGAGAGAGACUCUCAAUUGAUGUAGGGGUGAGGAGGUUAUUAAUGAGGUGUUGUCUUCCCCAGGUGGCUCAUGACUGUCGCGGGGACGCCGGGGCGCUCUACCACCAGUUCGGCGUCACGCUCAAAAACGUCUUCGACACCCAGGCAGCCCAUGCAGUCUUGCAACAACAAGAGACAGGAAAGCCUGUGUACAAAGUGAAGAAUGUCUCCCUCAACACACUCUGCCGCUCCUACAAUGCUCCUGUCAACCCACGCAAAGACCAGAUGAAGAACGUUUACCGCCGUGAUCAGAGAUUCUGGGCACGACGACCACUAACAGAAGACAUGAUUGUAUAUGCAGCCUAUGAUGUUGUAGCUCUUGUUCCAACAGUCUACGAUGCCAUGAAAAGACAGCUAGACCCUGGAUUGAUGCCUCUAUUUGAGGAACUCUGUCGGGAGCAAGUGGAGGCCUUGAUACAACCGGAGGAAGUUAAACAAAAGAAAAAGCAACGCAAAAUUGAAACUGAAGUGGCAGAAUUGAAAAACAAGUUAGCGACCACCCAAGCUAGAGCAAUUGUCUUGUCUAAUAGAGAGAUCAGACUACUCAGAUAUCUUGAACUGAGUGAUGAAGAACGAGAGAAACUUGAAGGAUCUUACAAAGUGGCUAAGAAGUUGGAACGUCUUCAAAGUAAAAGAGAACGGGAUGAAUCUCCUGAAAAAAAUGGAGAGGAGGAGGAUGACAAUAGUGAAGAUGAUGAUGAUGAUGAACGUGAUGGUGUAGAGGAAGGGGAAUACCCUAGUUUGAGCAGUGUAGGAUCUGGAGGAUCUGGAGGCUCAGGAGGUGGACUACUUUCCCCACGUUGUGAUGGUGAAGGGGACGGUGAUGGCUAUGGUGGUUCACCAUCACUUACCACCAGCAUGAACAUGGUGGAUCAGGUUUUAAGCAAUGGUGCAAUGGAUCGCAUGGAGAAGAUUGACCGAUUGGAAGCAAUCUUAGCAGCAGCUACCCAGGUUUCCGGUACCUCCUCUCCUGUGGCCAUAACCACUAACAGUCCUCCAGCUCAAUGUUGCUGCCAUUGUCAUGGUUACUCACAAGGGUUAACCAUAUCCCCCCAGACCUCCCCACCUCACUCUCUAAACAAUGUGCCCUCUAUGUCAGCCUUCACCAGUAAAGCUGAUGCUCAGUGCCAGACUCUCAGUACCGGCGACAUUGUGAUCACCAAAGUGUUCUUCCCUGAUAGUCCUGAUAAUGUAAAGGACAAGAAGUGAUGUGUACAGCAUGUAUAUAGUUUUGUAUAUUUUUAAUUAUUCUUGAGAGUGUGGUUAUGACCACAGUGUGAUAGUUAGAUGGUGCCGUAUGCAGGCACCUGUGAUAGCGAGCCCAUGGGCUCAUGCAGCUAGCUAGGGUAACUCACCUGCCUCAGGUAUUUUUAGAAUAAGACGGGCAUUUUAUGCCAUGAUCUGGGAGUGUUACGUCUUAUUGAAAAUACCUUUAACUGGUAAGUAUCCUACCCACCAGGUAUGCUGGUGCAGGACUAACUCAAGCUUUAAUAUCCAACACAAGUGACACUACCAAAGUCUUUUAUCAUUUUCCAGGUACUUAUUUUGCCAGAUAAUUGUUCUUUUUAUUCUAUUGUUAUUAGACAAAAUAAAUUCAGCUUACUUCUGUGCUGAAGUAUUGCUAGAGUUGGGAUGCUUUUUAGGGUUGGGAACAUAUCGUUAAAUGCCUUCCUAGGUACAUUAGGGUUUAUUUUAACUUACUCAAUGGUAUUUCUGGUGAAAUAUAUCAUUGAGUGCAGCAGGUGAGGCCAGGUAAGACCCAGACUUACCUGAGAACCCCAGGAGCCUUCACUGCUCACAACAAUAAAUCUCUGUUGAGCUAUA